AGCAGGAUUUACCGUUACCGAUUGAUUCAAAUUUUGGUUGUUUGACGAAAGUUAUGUUUGUUUUAAAUUGUUUACUUACUUCAAACCAAAAUUGGGACAGGUCUACUGCCAAAUAGUAUCUAGUUUUUUUGAAUACAAACACUGGGACAUUAAAAAAACUUUCGGAAUUUUUUUGUAUUGGUUGGUUAGCAGAAUUUGAUGUUACCGACUGGGCCGCCUGGAGUUGGUAAAGGGACACAAUGUCGCAAAAUUGCCAAUCAUUACGGCUUUGUUCACAUUUCUGCCGGCGAAUUAUUGAGACGUGAGAGACAAAUCCCGAAUUCUCAUCAUGGGGAAUUGAUCGAUUCUUGUAUAAGAGAUGGCAAGAUAGUUCCGGCAGAAAUCACCUGUAAAUUGCUAGAACGCCAUAUGGAAAAUUCAAAGGAAGACUAUUUUUUGAUCGACGGUUUUCCCAGGAAUCAGGAAAAUCGUGAAGGUUGGAACAAGACAAUCGGGAAUAAAGUGGAGGUUUUAUUUGUUUUAUUCAUUGAUUGUCCUGUUGAGAUCUGUAUUGAGAGAUGCCUCAAUAGAGGGGCUGCGGCUGGAAGUGGACGAUUUGACGACACGAUUGAGGUUAUCGAAAAACGAGUCACCACCCACAUCAAGGAGACACAACCCACUAUUGAUUAUUACAGAGAAAUGAAUUUGUUGAAACUCGUUAAUGGAAACAAGUCUGAGGAUGCAGUCUUUGAAGAUAUUAAGCAAAUAUUUAAUGCUUAUCAAUAAACAACAAAUUGCUAUAAAAAUAUAUUUGUAAUUGUGAAAAAACUAAAACUACAAAUCACUGUCAUCGUCCAACACCAGUAUUCUUCUCUUUUUCGUACCACCUUUAUCGUCCGAUUUUUUUCGUUUUU